CGAGAAUGGAGGCUCUGGCGUCGCGUUGCGCGAGAGCUUGCGGAGCUUUCCAUUCCGGUACCGUAGUCCGUCUCGCGAGCUUCGCGGCGACGUAACACACGUCGUAUAGUGCCGGUUUAACGUCGCAAGUGCCGCCCUUCAUCGUCACUACGGGGGUGGUGACGGCCUGGUCCUCUUGGGGGUGUCUAUACGUGGUGGUUGCCGAUAAUUUGGGCGUCGCGUCGCCGACGCUGCCGUUGAUCGUCAUGCGAUCAUCGAGCGAGAUGCGCGUCGUCGCCACCAGUCCCGCGAGGGUUGGAACAUCCCCACGAACUCACUUCCGGUAAACGCGGACCGGAACACGUAGAUCGCGCUAUUCGAAUGUCCGGCGUUGACGUUUGUUGAGAUGUAAUACAGUGCUGUUGAAGAAGACGUCGACGGAAUAAAAGAGGAAGGGGUUCGAUUGGCGUGGUCAUGAGAAUUGUGGAGACUAUUCGAAAGCUUCGAGUAUCUUAAUAUAUCAAAAAAUUGUGGACUGAGAUGUAUAAUAAUUAGUUUUAAUUGCUUAAAAAAAGCCAAAACUGAUUUAAAAAAAAAUAAAAUAAACGAUAGCAACGAAAAUUUAAAUAUAAACACAUAUAAAUACAUAUUUUUGCCGGCAAAGACCUGUUGUGCGAUUAAUGAAACGUAAUCAAAUUUAUGUAUCGGUGAUGUCAAAUCGUUUGGAAAUUUAACCGUGAAUGAGGAAUAAUUAAAUCGUGCGGAAGGUAAAAUGUGUUAGGAUAAAGAAGAUUCAUCGCGUCGUAAAUCUGUGCAGUGUGUAGUUUGAAGAUUAAUCAAAAAAGUUCGCGUGUUAAUUUAACUCAACUUUCGGCUAUAUCGUCUCGGUCAUAGGAACAAAGUGAAAUUGCAUUUGUGUGUGCGUUUAGUGAUUAUUGGGAAAAAAAUGUGCCGAUUUUUCUCAGUGCGCAAAGUCUCUUUUGAUUUCAUCGAAUGGAGUCCUUGUUCUUGAACGGACACUGCGACAAAAAGAAACGAGAAUUGAUUACAAAUUAAAUUAAGUAUUAGAAAAAAAAAAAUCACGUAAUUGGUUGCAUAAAACAAUCGAUGACAAGAGGAGGAUGUACAGAAAUUUCGCAAAUUAUAAAUUGCGGAUGUCGCGUUCGAGACAUAUAAUAGUUACAAAACUGAUAACUCAUUAUCAGCAAUUAAUAAUUAACUGUUUUUAACAAACAAGUAUAUUAAAAAGAAAAAAAUGCCAGGAGACAUUCUGGAUUGAGUCUGUGCCGCUAUCGUUUGAUAAUCCGAGAAGUCCCACAGAGAGACGAAAGGCCUAAUCAAAGUCAUGAUUCGCACAAAUGAUAGGUUCACCGGGACGGCGGAAACUCGACGGCAUCGCGAUUAAUCGCGCGGGCGUAAAUGAGAGACGAUCGUCGCGGGACGCGGAGGUGAUCCAUAGAUCGUGUCGGGCGUAAUCGGUUGCGGUUAGCGCGGGCGAGAGGUGGGUGGCAAAAUGGAACUCUUCCCGGUCCUCAUUUACCUGAUCGCCCUGCCGCCCGCCCUCUCGCUCUCCAUCAAGAGCAAGCUCAAUCCGCGGAUCGUCCAGACGCGCUACGGCGAGGUGCAGGGUGUCACGAGGUCCUUCGAGUACGCCAAGUAUCUCAAGCCCAUCGACGUCUACCUCGGAAUACCGUACGCCACACCGCCGGUCGGCAGCAACCGCUUUUCCCCGACGAGAGCGCCGAGUCCUUGGGAGGGAGUAAGAUUAUCGGAAUCGGUAAGUCCGGUCUGCCCCCAAAAGCUGCCGGACAUUGCAAACGAGCAGGAAGCGCUCGAGCGGAUGCCUAAGGGAAGACUAGAGUAUUUGAAGAGACUGCUGCCUCAUCUGCGCAACCAGAGCGAGGAUUGCCUUUAUCUGAACAUCUACGCACCCGCUAUGGGCAUGGCGGAGGGCGGCAAGAAGCAUCCGGUGUUGCUGUACAUUCACGGCGAGAGCUACGACUGGGGUAGCGGAAACCCCUACGACGGUAGCGUGCUAGCCAGCUACACCGACCAAGUGAUCGUCACCAUGAACUACCGGCUGGGCGUGCUCGGCUUCCUGAACGCCAACGUGGCGCCGCAGACCAAGGCGAGGGUCGCGAAUUACGGCCUCAUGGACCAAAUUGCCGCCCUUCACUGGGUCAAGGAGCACAUCGCCCGUUUCGGGGGCGAUCCCGAGAAUGUCACCCUUAUGGGCCAGGGCACCGGGGCCGCCUGCGUGCAUUUUCUCGCCAUCAGUCCCACCGUCGUUCGGGGUAAGCCUCUUUCAAAAAAGGCUGAACAUGGUGCACCAAUUACUAGCAACAACAAAUACGAUCUAUUGUUUGGUGUGACAACGAGCGAGGCAUUAUGGAAGUUUGCGGAGAAAGAUGUCUUGCAAGGAUUCGAGGGAGAGAGAAGAGACAGGAUCAUCCGCACGUAUGUGAGGAAUGCCUACGUCUAUCAUCUCACUGAGAUAUUUUACACGGUGGUGAACGAGUACACCGACUGGGAACGAACGGUUCAACAUCCCGUCAACACGAAGGAUGCAUGCGUGCAGGCGUUGAGUGACGCGCAGUUCGUGGCGCCGCUCGUACAGACCGGGGAUCUCUUCACCCUGAGGCAUACCAAGAAACCGAACAAUCCUCACAUAGCGCCGAUUCCCGACAGCGAGGAGGAACCGAUGCCCAAGACCUACUUUUACGUAUUCGACUAUCAGAUAAAGGACGGUGAUUAUCCCCAGAAGAUGGGCUCGGUGCACGGCGAAGAACUUCCAUUCGUCUUCGGGGCGCCGUUGUGGGUGGAGGGAUUUGGCCAUUUUCCGAAAAACUACACGAGACUGGAGAUGGCACUCUCGGAAAGUAUCAUGCAGUAUUUCGCCAACUUUGUGAGAACCGGAAAUCCGAACAUUAUUGAUCAUCAUGGGAGAAACGACACUCUUUUACCAGCUAGUAGAGAAAAGAGUCGGUUUCGCAGUUUGUCCUGGGAACAGUACGAUCCAGUGCAUCAAAAAUACUUGGAAAUUGGAAUGAAACCGAAGAUGAAAAAUCACUACAGAGCGCAUCAGCUGUCGGUCUGGCUGCGCCUCGUCCCGGAGCUUCAUCGUGCCGGAAUGGAGGAUGUCGAUUCCAGACAUAACUUGUUCCGUGGCCAUAGCGACCCCAGUCUGUACGACGGUUCCGUGAGACCGGAUCCUCUCAGCAGGAUCAGCGAGGAAUUCAAGAGGAAGAACCUUAGCACGGAUCCGCCGACCACGACGGAUUACAGCAUCACUACGUGCGUCAGCCUUAUCCCGGGCACCAAUCUUCAGAACGUCCAUAACGCCAGCACUGACACCUUAGCCAGUCUAGACGCAGCUGGUUACGCAGCGUAUUCGACGGCUUUGAGCGUGACAAUUGCAAUCGGCUGCAGCCUGCUGAUCUUGAACGUCCUGAUAUUCGCGGGUGUCUAUUAUCAGAGAGACAAAACGCGGCUCGAGGUGAAGAGCCUUCAGCAGCAACAAAUGUUGAAUCAACAAUGCGGUCCUCGUGGUUUCACCGAACUGAAACAACCGCCGCCCCCGCAUUCCCAUUACGCCGGUAGUGGCCAAGUGAUUGUUGACGUUGAAAAUGAAAUGUUAAGAAGAAACGUAAUGAAAGGGCCUUCUAACGAUCCCGGCGCUCCUUUCCAAGGCCAAGGAACUCAUACACUGCCUCAUCAACAUCAUUACCAGAAACAUCAACAGCAACAUGCUACCCUUCCCCGAGCAUCAGUUAUUCAAGACUUGAACACGCAAACUCAAGGUCCUCCGAACGGAUCUAUACAUCUGACGGUUCCGCGAGCUCCACCGCCACCCAGGGCGAAGAGUCCGCCAGAGAAUCAGCCUCUUCUGCAAAGCGCGACGGUCUCGAGUCGCGUGUCCCAGGCGACGAUGAGCGAGAUGCGAGUGUGAUGCUUGGACCCCCCUCCGAAGCCAGUCGUCCCAGAUGUCCUCACGGCGUCGACCUUGCUGUAGGCAAGUUUCGCCGCGAACCCCGUCGUGGUGGCCCUAAAGUAGCUGUCAACUGGCUUCGAUGGGUCGACGCAGGAUAUUCCGGGGAACGUGAACUGCGGACGAACGGAGGGGGGUGCUGGGGAAGAGAUUCCUCACCGCUGAGGGGUGGUCGAGCCAAGAUUGCGUCUACCGAACACAAAAGAGAGAGAGAGAGAGAGAGAGAGAGAGAAUACCGAUCGAAAUGCGUUAUUACGAAUUUAGAAAUGCAGAGAUCAUAUACUGUGUGAGCCGAAAGGAUACAAAUUAAAUACGUAGAUUUUAAAUCUGUCUUGCAAUUCUUAUAAAUUUCUCUUCUUGGAUUAGAAAAUAAAUACGUAUACAACAUACCCCCGUAUAACGCAGAGGAUAUGUUUCGCGUUAUACGAUUCCGUGUUAUACGACACUCUCUCAUGAGUUGUACAAAGUUUGAAAAUAUGUCGUUUAUUUAGGAGGAAAGAGGCAAAAUUUUUCACAAAAUUUGUACAUUGUCCACCGCGUUAUAUCGGGGCGAUUUACCAUGUUAUACGAGGCCUGUCACAAUUUAUUUUUUCUUUUUUUUUUUACCGCGUUAUAAAAAUAUGUAUUGCCUCUGUAACACGUGGGCUUACUGUAUAAAACUUAGAGGAUGCAUUUCUACAGAACAAAGAUAGAUUCUUAAAAUUCAAAUUUACUAAAAUUAUAAUUUUACACAAUCAAAGUAAUUAAUAAGAGAAUACAGUUUGCGAAAAUUUAAAUUUAAAAGAGUUUUAAACAAAAAAAAAAAAUCUUCGAUCUUAAUAAUCAUUAAUUGAAUCACGAUAAAUAAAAGGAACUGUAAGAAUAUUUACAGCGCCGCGCUUGAAACUCUGCGAUAGUAUCGGUAGACAUCGAUAAACAUUUACGGAGAUGAACAUCAAGAAAGGAGAAUGGCAAAUCAGAACGAUCGUCUUGGAUAAAUCGAGGCUUUAAUCAAAUUUUGUGCGAAGGAAUCAAACGCGAUGCAUUUCGCUAAUUAGUCGAUAACGAAGAAUCUCUAGUCGUUAAAGGAGACGAGAAGAGUGAUGUGGAUGGCUCAAUAUGUGAAUCUCGACGGCGAUGAAGACACGUGUAAAAAAAGACAUAUUAGCCAUAUUACGAUGUUAGAUGUUCCUUGUACAUAACGUGAAUUUAUAUAUAUACAUAUAAGGACGCCAAAGAGUUUGCUACUUUGUAAGAAGACCUGUAUCCGCGUAUCGUUUAUUAAUCCUGUUUUCUUUCGGUUGAUGUGUUGAUAUCCACUCGUGACGUCAUACAGGAGAAUGAACGUAAGAGAGAGAUAUUUUUUGAAACGUAAUGAGCGAGCUUGUUUAUCGACGAGAAUGGACUGUUAAAUUUUUGAAGCUUUCAAAACUUCGAAUCUUUAGAGAUUCUUAAUCCUUUGUGGAAUAUUUUCUAUACUUAUAUAAAGUUUGAUUAUAUAAGAAUCUUCUUUCAAAUCCUUUAUCCAUACUUAAGUAAUUCAGAAGAGCUCUGUUGCUCUUAACUAUAGUGCGUGAAUCGAGAUUAACUGAUUAAUGUGAGAAAGAAAAAACCGUCGAUACAAGCCACGUCGCUCAUUAUCGUUACUCUAAUCAACAUUACUUGCCACGCAAGUAGCCCCAUCGCGAACGUAUGUAUUGCACAUAUGAAUUAUGAUACACGAUACGCACGUAGAAUGAUCUUCGUACCCUCUCCAUGUACGCGUAUCUACGCAUAUGUGUUUUAUAUAUAUAUAUAUAUACAUAUAAGAAACCGAAUACAGUUUUAAGUCAUCGUCAUAAAUAUACCUUUAAUUUCUUUAUUUUGGUUUCAACAUAUCUUUUUAUACUAAAUAUGUGUACUAAAUCUGGACUCCGCUUUUAAAUUCUUAAAAUUUUACAAGCCGGUUACAUUUUUAUUAUAAUAGUGUGUGUUUUACAUUCAGGUAUACUAUUCGCGACAAAGGUCCGUUCUCUGUUAUUCUUCGUACAGAACGAACACCACGAAGCGAUCCGAUGUAUUUGAAUCGAUAUAUUGUGGUAUCGAUCCUACAAAGUUCGAAUUCCAUCGGACACACGAUGUGUGAUUGUCUCUCUUUUCUUUUUGUAUAAAUAUAUACAUAUAUAUAGGUGUAAAAUAAAGACUAAUAUAAAUCUGUUAAGCGUAAUACACUGCCACAAGACUACCGAAGUUAAAUAAGGAGAGCUCACGAGCUGCAGUUCUUCUCGCCCUAAAUAAUUUCGCAAAACAAAUUAACGUAUUUAUUUAAACAUAUUAUAUAAUUACGCGCGUCAAUGCAAAAAAUGCGUUCAAAAAAUUUACGUACCACAACUGGAUGAGAUCUUUUUUUUAUUACUUCACAAAUUUUUUUACACGGAAUUAAUAAGUAUUUGUAGAUAAAAAGGAUCACGAUAAGCCGAGUAUUAUCAAAAUCCUUUUUGCAAGAAACGACUUAUCGAUAGAUCGAUAGAGAAAAAGGUCAAAGUUUUUAUACUUAUGCAUCUUUGCUAAACGCAACAUCUCAAGGGGCGCAUCUUGCUUGCUUUCUGCGCAAAACGGCGAUCGCGGCCAUAAAGUGGCUUAAGUUAAUUCCUGAAAUCCUUGAAUCCUUGGAUCCUCGUAAUUAAAGGAUUCUUACCGUCCUAGAGGGAUCUUGUACUUUUGUAAUUAAAUAAACCAUAGCUCGCAGAGCUAAAAGAAUCUCAAAUUGGCAGCAGAAACUUCUGCUUAUAAAAUGAGGAUAAGAAAAGGAUGUAAAAAUAUAUGCACAGACAUAAUACGGCGAACCGAUCCAGAUGCGUCCAAGAUAUGAAAUUUGGAAAUUGGGUAACAAAAGGUAAACACGACGAAAAACGACGUCGUCUCGCCGUAAACGUAAAUUUUAGCAGGAUUUGCAAGCGUAAACUAAAUAUCGUGGGCGUUGUAUAAUAUCAUCAUCAAGUACGGGACAAUCCGAAUAUAAUUAAAGAUUAAGAGACAAAGUUGGUAAUAGUAAUAAAAAGUGAGCGAAGAGAAAAAGAAGGAGGGGAGGAAAACGUGAGAGAGAAAACUAGAAGAAAAAUAUGCCGGAGAGAAUUAAGAAAAGAUGUUUAAGAAAUUUAAAUAACAUAUUAUAAAUAUAUAUAUAUAUAUUAUACACACAUAUUACACAAUUGUAAUAAAUUAUUAUGACGGACAUUAUUAUAUUUAUGUGAGACCUUUAGCUGGCCUCGCGCUCUCCUAGAACGAUACCUCGAAUAUACUUUCCGGCCGAGGGCGAGGCUACCUGUUACGUUUAACGUUUUUGUUGUCAAAUUGUAAAUAUAUAACGAUAUACAUGGAA